UUUCUAUUCUUUCUUUCCUGGAAUUUGUUUCCCUAUUCUUAUCUACUCACGCCCACAAAAAUGUUCAAUGUGGCAAACCAAAUGUAAAAAUGAACGAGUUCCCUUGGAUGGCUCACAUCCUCGUUCGUAAUCCUAGCGGAAGGUUGGUGACUUGCGGUGGGACCCUCAUCAGUGCCCAUCACAUCAUCACGGCCGCCCACUGUUUGAUCGAAGAUGACAGUGAUAAACUAUUCCGCAUUUUAAACAUUACCUUGGGUGCCCGUGACGUCAGUACCCAUAGUAAUGACCGCAUCCAUCACCAGGUCUUUAAUUGGAAGGUCCUCACAGUCCCGGAAAUUCACAACAACAUCAUCGAACAUAAUAUUGCAAUCGUUGCACUUUCAAAACCUGCCAUUUUCAACGAUUACGUCCAGCCGGCUUGUCUGCCUUUUACAAGCGAUUCGGACCAGGUGAGUAAUGAUUCCGUCGUCUUUACUGGAUGGGGCCAUUCUACUGGAGCCCACCAGUGUUGCUCGCGUGAGGCUAGUCCUGUUCGCCGCCAGUGGAACACGACGGUCAUCUCUUCGUUCGGGAAAGACGUUCAAUGUCCACAGUCAUCUACGCUGAGCCAAUACUUUGGUGACAACAAUCUCAUUUGCACGGAAGCCUCUCAACAGCGUCGUUUCUGCAAUGGAGACGAUGGGGGAUCACUGAAUUGGUACGAUUCAAAACGGGACAGGUGGUUUGUCAUAGGAAUAGCCGGAAGAGCAAAUUCAGACAACUGCCGAAUGAAAAGCAGCAGCAUCAAUGCAAAUAAAAGACCCAACAUCUUAACUCGCGUGAAGAGCCAUCUCGAUUUUAUUCGAGAGCAUUCAGGUGUGAUUUCACCUGUCAGCAAAGAAAGAGCUCCCCAGACGAGUAGGGGUAGGAAUCGAAUGAGAUCUACCACGACAGAAAUUCCUACCACAUCAGCAACAACUAGCAGUAAACCA